CCUCUGAGCCAUCUCUCCAGUCCCCCCAGCAGCUUUUUAAAAAUGGGAGACUUGACUGCAGCUUUUCUAUUCCACAGACAAACUGGAAAAGCAACAUCAGAACUUAAGAAAAUGUUCUCACUGUAUUCUCUGUAAAGAUCAGCUUUCCUUAGCUUUCCACAUCUUCAAGUCUCUUGGCAUGCCUGUCUCCAUAGUGUUUGCUCCUGAGACAGGGAAACGAAGUCCUGGCUGUCCUAGCACUCAUUUGUAGACCAGGCUGGCCUUGAACUCACAGAAUCCACCUGCCUCUGCUGGAAUUAAAGGUGUGUGCCAGCUAAAGUCUAGUCUUUGUUUUUUCUUCCCUCUUUCCCUCCCUAUAUCUCUUCCCUUUCUCUUUUCCUUGUGGCUCACACUGUGGACUAAAUUCAAGGCCUUGCCCAUACAAGCCAUUUACCACAGAGCGGGACAUCCCCCACCCAGCUGGGUGAGUAUUGUCAAGGGAGAACCUGCUAUGUAAUCAUGUUUGGGUUUGUGUGAACCAGUAAUGUGGACUGGAUUUGAGGAGGUGGAGAACUGGCUACUCUGCAGGGCAUAGUCAUUUUCAUUCAGCCGGAAGAUAGCAAGGCUGAAGCGAUGAGUGGUGGGUAUCAGAGCUGUUUCCGAGUAGAGUCAUUAGAGGUUUGUCCUUAAAACUCGGGAGGGCAGAGCACUGUCUCUAAUAGAAUUACGGCCGAAUAGGGAAUUCGAAUGGAUCUGAGCUGCUCCUUGGACAGUGGGAUUGGAAAAGGCAUCCUGAUAAUAGGGCUGCCUGUAGUUUAAUACAAAAGGCCCCAGAAAAUGUCAGGCUGCAAUUGUUUUACCCUUUAGAAGUACCCUUUAGAAUCAUUAAACCUUACCACCUCUUUUUUUCCCUUUUCCUUAUCUCACCCCCUAACUGUGGGAACCUAACACUUCCGCCACACUCAAAAUGGCUACACUAGCAAGCCUCUUCAAUGCAUCUGGAUGGUCUCGUCCCCAGCUCUCGGUACUUCCGCCACUCUCCGCGGGGCGGGGCGCACUGCACUUUAAUGCAGCUCGCAGCAUUCAAGAUGGCCCGGCUUCCUCCCACUUUUCAUUGGCUAAAUCACCCUGCACGAGGAGGGCUGGGACUAGAACUAGACGCACAGCUCUCUGGACCAAUGGACGAAAGGAUAAGGAAGCCUGUGUGGGUACCAACAAUCAAAGCUACAUCUGUGACACAGGACACUGCUGUGGACAGUCUCAGUGCUGCAACUACUACUAUGAACUCUGGUGGUUUUGGCUAGUGUGGACCGUUGUCAUCAUCCUGAGCUGCUGCUGCGUCUGCCACCACCGCCGAGCCAAGCACCGCCUUCAGGCCCAGCAGCGGCAACAUGAAAUCAACCUGAUCGCCUACCGGGAAGCCCACAAUUACUCAGCGCUGCCAUUUUACUUCAGGUUUUUGCCAAACUAUUUACUACCUCCUUAUGAGGAAGUGGUGAACAGACCUCCGACUCCUCCCCCACCGUACAGUGCCUUCCAGCAGCAGCUGCUGCCCCCUCAGGGUGGCCCUGUAGGCGGCAGCCCCCCAGGCGCUGACCCACCCCAGGGCUCCCAGGAGGCACAGAGCAGUCCUUUGUCUGGACCCAGUAGAAGCAGCACAAGACCCCCGAGUGUCGCUGACCCUCAGCCCUCUGAAGUGCCCGCUGACCGGGAAGCCACCAAAGACCCUGGAAUGGAGUCCAGUGGUUCAGUGGCCGGCCACGGGGAGCUGGACCCAGGGGCCUUCCUGGACAGGGAUUCAGAGUGUAAGGAGGAGCUACUGAAAGAUUCAAGUUCGGAGCAUGGAAGUGUACCCCCCGACAACAAAGACAAGACCCCUGGCCGACAUCGCCGCUUCACAGGAGACUCAGGCAUUGAGGUGUGUGUGUGCAACCGGGGCCACCAUGACGAUGGUCUCAAAGAGUUCAGUACCCUCAUCGAUGAUGGCCUGGAUGGGCCCCUGGACUUCUGUGACAGUUGUCACAUACGGCCUCCCGUUGACGAAGAGGAAGGGCUCUGCCUGGCCUCUGAGGAGCAGGCUCGAGAGCCUGGGCACCCCCACCUGCCACGGCCACCUGCAUGCCUACUGCUCAACACCAUCAAUGAACAGGACUCGCCAAACUCGCAGCGCGGCAGCUCCCCCAGCUAGAGCAGGCCCUGCCUGCGCCGGAGAGCUUGACAGACAGCCAGGGCAGGGGACACCCACAAGAGAAGCAUUAAGUGACUUUGAGAAGUGGUACGGCCACUUUGUCCCUUUCAUUUUGUUCUCCCCUCCCAUCCCACUUUUCCCACGUCUCCAGGUACAAGUUUGGGGUGUGGAUGCCUCCUCUCCCCCCACAAAAGCACAGUGUUGUAGAAGACUGAGAAUCCGGUUCUGGGACUCAUUCCGCACCUCCCUUUUCAGAGCUGUAUCUCACCUACCUGCUCAGCUAAGAAACGUGUGUCUGGAAAGCCCCCCAGAACUGGGGCUGGGCUCCAAGAUGCUUCCCGGUGACAUAGUAGUUUGGAAGAGACCUUCGCUGUGUCUCAGUCUGGGAGAGACAGUUUAUCUUGGCCCUGAGUGAAGGAAACUUGGGCCUAUGGCUGUCACCUGUGGCUGCCAGUGUCUGCAGAGCUGGCAUUGGUCUAAUCCUGUGGGAGGGUGAGAGCCGGUGGGCGGGUUGGUGAGGGGGCUUGUAUCUGGCAAGCCCCAGGUAGAGAGUGCACCCUGUGUUGUAGAGGGGGCCCUUCCCAGCAGGCUUCGGCUGGCUUCAGCCUGGUUCAGGUAUAGACGCUUAUCCUGUGUUCUCUGUGUUUUCCUUUAAAACAAAUAACCAAGGCUAGCUGGAAACAGCUGUAUUGGGGGACAGGCAAGAAUCCUCUUCUGGACGAGGGAAUUCUGCAGCUCUCCCCAGGAUGAGUUUCCAAAAGUCUGGCUAUAAUGUUGGGCCAGCAGGAGAGAAUGCAGUAGUCCUGGCCCUUCCGUGAGUGGAGAUCUAAGUCUGACGCCUGGUAGAGAUAUGGCAUCCUCCACUUCUGCCCAUUGUCUAUGCCCAAAGGUGCGCAGUGGUUCCCGCCCAUCCUGAACACAAUCUGCAGUCUCUCCCUGUCCUCUGUAAGCAGAUGGACCGAGGAGGUUGUGUGUCCUGGGCAAGGCAGCCUCGUAGCCUGGCCCUCACAUGGUAUUUUCUCUUAUCCGAGUCUGUUGUUUGUGUGUUUGUUUGUUUUAAACUGACCACUUAGAAGGAACACCGUUGUUAUCUGUGCUUCUCAUGGCUGCCCCCGCCCCGAACCUACUGGAGAGGGGUGCCUUACCUGCACAGCCUGUGUAAAGAGUCUCUCAGGCAGGGGGUGACAGUCACCUCCAGCAGGACCUCGGGGCCUGGUUGCUGUUACCUGGCUUUGGUAGGAAAAAGGAGCAUAGAAGCAGCUGAAAUGAACAUUCCCCACCCAGCCCUGUCCAUGCAAGGAGGGUGGUUCCUUCCCGGCUCUUGAACGAUGAUAUGUAGACUCCGCACCGUCCUUAGUGAUGAGAGGAGAAAGGAAGAGAAAGGUCCACGUGUAAACACACACACACAGGUCCGAGGCUGUGAGGUGAUGUGUGUCCGCAUUUGGAUGCCACAAACCAAAAUCCUUGUCGAACAAAAGUGAAGUCUACACAGUGAUGUUGGAUGGCAUGCGUGCGUGUGUGUGUGUGUGUGUGUGUGUGUGCACGCGUGUGCGUGUGCGCAAGGUGUAUGUGGCCCCAAGCCCUGUGUUCCUGUGAAGAUACUUUGAAUGACCAUCUGCUCACGUUAGCCACAUGUCUGGAGCACAUAUGGCCCUCUCAAGGUAAUUUAUUUUACGCAUUUACUGUUUACCGAACAAACGUCUGACUGUACUCGGGUGUUGCCAGCAGCGCCUCUGUUUGCCAGCGACACUGCCCUCCAGGGCGAGGCUUCUUCCUCAGCUCACCACUAUGAUUGGCACAGUGCUCCAGGGACACUCAGAGGCCUAUAUUCUGUUCCCUGUGUAUGGAAAUGUAUUCUGAACGGGUCUCCCUCCCUCUGCUGCGGUCAGACAGCUUGAUUGAGUCUUGAGUGAAGUGACAAGCUUGGACCGGUUGUGGCUCAGACAUGGGCCUGCCCAGGAUCACCAGGAGUCCCUGGCAGACACCUCGAUGCCACAAGCUUGCACCUCCUCUGCCGAGGUCUCGAGGGGUUGGUGUGUUGCCACAGGGUCCCAAGCUGCAGCCCUCACACACCUUGUUAAAGUCCCAGACAGCUCAAAACUUCCUCUCCCAAAGACGAAUCCCUCUUCAGUUAACUAGCGAUGAGGUGGAACCCUCUCAGGUUUCUUUUCCCUGGCGGGAUGGGAGCUGACCUGAGUGUGGACUGGCUUCACGGAAGCGCCCACCAAGAUAACAGCACCACAGUCUGGGCCCCUGCUGCUCUAGGCCGCACUGGCGCUCAGAGAGAGCACAGGAAAUAGGAGUUAGGGGCCAGGGAGAUUUGGCUGAGUUGGGUUUCCAGGUCAGUGGGAGGAGAGGGUAGGCAGAGGGCUUGGUGCUACGGUCAGCUUUGCAGCCGCUAACACAUUCCUGUGCGAGGCACAUCAGCGUCCGUCAGUUAUUGUGAAUAUGUGUAUUUUAAGCAAUAAGAGUCUGCUGCUCUGAGUCCCUGGGCAGUCUGGGUGACACAUAUCCUGUGCUGUGAUCGUUCUGAAGACAGAGUGGCUCUAACCACUGUGAGAAGCCCUAAUAAAAUCAGUCCCAAGCGUU